AUAUCAUAUUCUUUCGCAACAGGCAAACACACAAAUCUCUCUGUAUUUUUCUCGUUCUCUUUGUCUGUAAAAUUGUGAAAACAUCAUGGGUGGCGUGAAGAGGAAGAUUUCUAUAGAGCUGAUAGAGAAUAAAGAUUCACGAGCAGUUGCUUUCUCAAAACGCAGUAAGGGUCUCUAUAGUAAAGCCUCUGAGCUUUGUCUUCUCUCCGAUGCACAAAUUGCAAUCAUAGCGACUCCGGUUUCUUCCAAUUCCAAUGUUUCUUUCUACAGCUUUGGCCAUUCCUCUGUCGAUAACGUUGUUGCCGCUUUCCUCUCGAAUCAGCAUCCUCGGGAGGGUCUAGGGUUAGGGUUUUGGUGGGAAGAUGAGAGGCUUUCAAAAUCAGAGGACCCGGAGGAACUGAGAGAGGCGAUGGACUCAAUGUCUAAGAUGUUGAAAGAUCUGAAGGAGUUGCGUUUCAAUGGAGUGCAAAAUCAUCGAGAUAGUGAGGACGUGAAGAAGAAGGGUGUUUUACACGGAACUCAUCAACAACAAACCCUAAAUCCUCAAUCGUGUUCUGCAAGUCUAUGCAUUCAAGAUGACGUAACUGUGAACAAGAACACUGAAGAACAAACCCUAGCGGUUUCUUACAACAGCAGCAACAACAACGGUUUACUUGGAAACUUGGAUGGUUGCAAUCAAGAGUUUGAUCUUGAUGAAAUCUUUGAUUAUGUGACAACAUCUGAAGCUCUAUCGAUGAACUUAGAGAUGGACGAUUUCUCUAUCGUGACGACUAAUCAAAACCCGUUAUCUGGUGCUGAAACUGUUGAAGAUGGAGAAUUGGUGACUCGCAGAGAUCUGUAUGAGGACAAUAUUCACUUAUCCGAUUUGGAUGAGGAUCAGAUGCUAUUGAUUUCCGACAACAACAACAACAACAACAAUGUUUUACCUGAAAACUUGGGUGAAUUCGAUCAAGAGUUGGAUCUUGAUCAAAUAAUUGACUUUGAAACGAAUUAUGAAAGUCUUUUGAAGAAUUUUGAGAUGGAUUAUGCUACGAUGGUGACUACAAAGCAAUAUCUGAGCUCGGGCUGAUUGCCGUCCUUCCUUAGCAGGGGGGAGAGAGCUCUCUUACAACAAUCGGGACAUAUCUUCCUCUCCUUAUAAUGAAUACUGGAAAGAACU